UCCGCAUAGCUUGACAGCGUCACCAAUGCUCCUGAAUGUCCAGCUCAGUCUCCGACUUUAGAUUAGAAAGACGGCGCUUUGCUAACUUAACGGAGCUGGUAAACUAAAGCUUCCACUAGAAGAAAGGCUACUUUGUAAUACCUCAAUAUACUCAGCGAACCGUCUCCGCGAGAAAAUGAAGAGGCGCAUACCACUUGGUUUUGUUCUGGUGGCUUAUUUCUGUUCGUGCUCGGCGUUUUAUCUUCCGGGUUUAGCCCCUGUGAGUUUUUGUGAGAAAGUUAAGGAUAACGAAGAAUGCGAGACAGAAAUUCAGCUGUUCGUUAAUCGCUUGGACUCAGUGGAGUCAGUUCUGCCUUACGAAUAUGAUGUGUUUGACUUUUGCAAAGACGAGAAGGAGAAGAGACCCUCUGAGAACCUGGGACAGGUAUUGUUUGGGGAGCGAAUUGAGUCAUCACCAUACAAGUUCAAGUUCAAGUCAGCUGCCACUUGUCAGCCAGUAUGCACAAAGACGUACAAGAAAGACAGCAAACUGGAUGCGGCCAAACUGGACUUUCUCAAGAUGGGAAUGCAGCUGAAUUAUCAGCAUCACUGGAUCAUUGACAACAUGCCAGUGACAUGGUGCUAUGAUGUUGAAGAUAAUCAGAAGUACUGCAACCCUGGCUUCCCCAUUGGCUGCCUUGUCACAGAUGGUGGUAUAGCUAAAGAUGCUUGUGUUAUUAAUGCCGAGUUCAACAAGAAAAACACAUUUUAUGUCUUUAACCACGUUGACAUAAAGAUCUCCUACCAUAGUGGAGAAUCAGAGGGUUGGACUGGCGAUCGCCUGGUUGCUGCCACCCUGGAACCAAAGAGCAUCAAGCACGCUGUUGACAAACCCCCAAGCUGUGAUAAUGGUAGCCCGAUGGAAGUCCCAGUAGAAUUUAAAGAAGAUGUUUCAAUCACUUACACCUACUCUGUCACCUUUGUGGAGAAUAAUGACAUCAAGUGGGCCUCUAGGUGGGACUACAUCCUGGUGUCAAUGCCCCACACCAACAUCCAGUGGUUUAGCAUUAUGAACUCCUUGGUCAUUGUGCUCUUCCUAUCUGGCAUGGUUGCUAUGAUCAUGCUGAGAACCUUGCACAAGGACAUUGCCAGAUACAACCAAGUGGACCAGGAAAACUUGAUUAAGAUUCCACCGGCCAAGGAAAAAUCUUCUCUACCUUAUGAGGAUGCUCAGGAAGAAUCUGGGUGGAAGCAGGUACACGGGGAUGUUUUCCGUCCCCCCAGGAAGGGAAUGCUCCUCUCCGUGUUCCUUGGACAGGGCACACAGAUCUUCAUCAUGACCUUCAUCACACUCUUCCUGGCCUGUCUGGGGUUCCUGUCUCCUGCCAAUAGAGGAGCUCUGAUGACGUGUGCUGUGGUACUCUGGGUCCUGCUGGGUACUCCUGCUGGCUACGUGUCUGCACGUCUUUAUAAAACUUUUGGAGGUGAAAAGUGGAAAACCAACGUCUUACUGACGGCGCUUUUAUGCCCAGGGAUUGUGUUUGCUGACUUCUUCCUAAUGAACCUGAUUCUUUGGGUGGAAGGAUCCUCAGCAGCAAUUCCCUUUGGAACUUUGGUGGCCAUUUUGGCCAUGUGGUUUGGAAUAUCUGUGCCCCUCACCUUCAUUGGUGCUUACUUUGGAUUCAAGAAAGCUGCAAUUGAGCAGCCAGUUCGAACAAAUCAAAUCCCUCGUCAAAUUCCCGAGCAGUCCUUCUUCACUAAACCUAUCCCUGGUAUCAUAAUGGGUGGGAUCCUGCCCUUUGGCUGCAUCUUCAUUCAGCUUUUCUUCAUUCUUAACAGCAUUUGGUCUCAUCAGAUGUACUACAUGUUUGGAUUUCUGUUCCUGGUUUUCAUUAUUCUGCUCAUCACCUGCUCUGAGGCCACAAUUCUGCUGUGUUACUUCCACCUGUGUGCAGAGGACUACCAUUGGUGGUGGCGUUCCUUCCUGACCAGCGGCUUCACUGCGGUCUACUUGUUUGUUUAUGCUGUGCACUACUUCUUCUCAAAGUUGCAAAUCAUUGGAGCGGCCAGUACUAUACUGUACUUUGGAUACACCAUGAUUAUGGUCCUCAUCUUCUUCCUCUUUACAGGGACAAUUGGCUUCUUUGCUUGCUUCUGGUUUGUAAACAAGAUCUACAGUGUGGUGAAAGUGGACUAGCGGCCUGAAGGAUGGACUAACUUGUUGCUGCCCCAGCGCUGGGCUCCUCAGUGCUGCUGUGUAAUAAAGUGGUCUGAGUAAACAUGAACUGAAUACAUCUCAUGUGAUAAAAAAUCCCACAGAGCAGAGCCCGUCCUCUUUUGUGCUUUAAACCUCUGUUGCUUUUUCUUUUUGAUUAAAUCUAUAAGUUUGUGUUCACGGUGACUUGUAAUAUUUCGAAUGGCGCCUUGUAAAAUCAGUGGGGGGGUUCCAGUUUGAAGUUGGCACCUUGUGCCACUUAUCUGCUGAAACGUUUAACUUUCAUUUUCUAAAGAAAGUAAAAUAUUUAGCCAUUUGUUGUUUUUAUUUCUAUUCUUUCAAAGCUAAAUGUUCCUUUUUUCACGAUCUGUUCAGUACUGAAGAAGUGUGUACAUAUAUUGUAUAGAGAAGGGAGAACUUGUGAGAUAAAGAUUGUCAUCAUUUUUUUUAUUUUCAUUAGAAGUUUUUCGUUUUCUUUUAGUUUUUAAGGUGUGAAUUGGGCUGUAAUUCUUUAAGUAUCAACCUAUAUUGUAGUUAGAGCAUAUAAAACAUCACUGUUUGUAUCAUACAUGUCCAUUUUGUUGAAUUAAAGAUUCAUUAGAGUAGCAGGAUCCAGCAGGCACAGGAGGCACAUCGGUGUUGUAGAUCUGCUUCAGUGUGUCGAGGGUGUGUUUGGCUACAGAGAAGAUUAAUCAUAACAUAAUCAAUGAGUUUACUGUUUAAAUAAAUGGCUUGUUGAGCUCUUAACUUAAACAUUGCUGCUGUCUGCUUCAAGCAGCAUGACGUCAUCAAAGGUGAUAACUUUACAAAUAAAAAAUUCAGAGAGAAAACUUUGUUUUUGGCCUCUUACUAAUCAUUCCCAUUGUUAAAAUGACUGUUUAGAUGCAACACUGUUAUUAACCAUUCACUGUACAGUUCUUAGUUUCUAAAACUAAUAUUUGAAUGUGAAGCUCAGAGUAAUAAAGAUGUUGUUUAAAUUGA